UGUUUUGAUUGGUGCCGCCCACAGCUGUUCGUGUAGAGUGCAUUAGAAUAAUUCUCACCAAUGAAGAAUAUCUUAAAUACAUAAAAUAAAUAUUAAAUGGAUGGGAAAAUAUUAACUACAUGCAUACAAUUUCUUUUAGGAAUCUUUUUGAGUUAUUUUAUUACAUUAAUUAUUAUUAGGUUAUUAACUGUAUAUUUUUCAUGGAAACUAAAUAAAAAAUAUAAUAUAAAGUUCAAGAUUGGAAGAGUAGGAUUUUUAUGUUUAAAAGAAGUUUUUCUUCAGUUAGAAAAAGAUAUUACUUUAGAAAUUGAAAAUAUAUGGCUUUCCAGUGGACUUUUGCAUUCAAAUUACAGAACCUUUUUAGUAUUGUGCAUAAGUGAUUUUCGUCUUCAAGGAAACAUCCUUGAAUGGAUUAGAAGCAAAAGGACCAAAAAAACAAAUCAAAGUAAUGAAGCUAAAAAAAUAAAAUUUCCAUCUAUUUUAAAGAAAAUUUCUUUACAUGUUAAAAAUACAAAUGUUAUGCAAAUUGGAUCAGUAGGAAGAGUAUGUAUGUUACAUGUCACUGUUCAUGAACUAAGUGUAUUAUUUGCAACAGAUAAUAAUAUGUAAGUUAUAAUUCAAUUAUUGUCAAAUUAUUUUUGUUCAAAAAUAAUUUAAAGGACAGUUCAUAUUUCAUAUGAAUAGAAAAGAGAAGAGGAAGAAACAAUAUUAAAUUGAUUCAGUGCACAAAAUUUCAUACAUUACAUGCAAGCAAUUUCUGUUCUUUUUUAGCUUGUGGGAAAAUUAGAAGAAAGCUAAACUUUUCUCUGCUUUUCAGAAUGCAAUGCUUUUUGCCAUUAAAC